AUGGAUUUCAUCAAGACCAGUUCCCUGCGUGCUCUGAUUGAGUUAACUUUCCAACGCAACUGGAAUGGCUUCAUUUGGAUGAGUAGAAAAGGAGUUAUAGCCAAAAGAGUGAAGACUGCUCCAGACGGCCAUAUCGAGAAUCAGCGCCCGAACGCGCAUCUCGGCCAAAGUCCAAACCGCUCGGCCGAUCACGCAUCACGACCCGGGAAACUAAGCCCGCGGUCGGCCAAGCCACAACGCCACGCCCACCGCGCACGACCAGCGCGCGAGCCGGGAAGUAACGCCUCGCGGCCGCGCAACUCCCUCACGUACCGGCCGAACGCUCCGUCCGAGCCGGGAACGCCCGCGUCCGGCCGAGAAACCAUCGGCCAAAUCCAUCCGUCCGACCAGCCGGCCGACCGAAUCAUCCGGCCACGACCGUUCCGACUCGGCCAAGACCCGACUGUCCGGCCGAUCGUCCCGACCGACCGUCCGAACGCCGCGGUCGACCCGAAGCCGUUUUUGAAGCCCAAUCCGCACAAUUCAAGCCCAAAGCCGGCGCCGACCUAG